AUGCCUCGGGCUGCUGCAAAGAAAGAAUGCAUGAGAACUUAUGAGAAUGAAAAGACAAAGUUAAGGGCUUUGCUUAAACAUGUGAAUAAGUAUGGACUUGGGGAGAUUAGGGAUAUUGUUGAUUGUGUUAGAGAUGGUAUAAAAUAUCUGGUAGCAUUAGAGAGUAGGCUAAAACAGUUUAGUGAAAUUGUAAAACAGUUACAAUUGCCCUCAAAGAAACUGAUUUUAGAUGUGCCUACAAGAUGGAACAACACUUAUUUAAUGGUGGAUGCUGCAAUUCAGUUCAAAGAAGUUUUUCCUAGAUAUGGUGAUAGAGAUAGAUGUUUUGAAUGGAUUCCAACUAUUGAAGAGUGGGGGCAAGUUGAACAUGUUUGUCAACUAUUAGCUAUUUUUAAUGAAGUCACCAAUAUUGUAUCUGGAAGUGAUUACCCAACAGCAAACUUAUUUCUUUCUGAAGUUUGGAGAAUGAAUGACAUCUUAGGUAAAAAUAGUAGAGAUGAGAAUGAGUACAUAAAAUCAAUGCCUAGUAAAUCAGAACUAGACAAUUAUUUAGAGGAGAGCAUUUAUAUUUGUGAAGAGGGUUCAGAUGCAAGUUUUGAUGCCUUGGAAUGGUCUGAUUGGGUUAGAGCAUUAUAUGGACUUAAAAGAUUAUCCACAAAUUCUGUUGUCAUGGUGAUUUUGUUCAAGUUUGGGAACUUGUUGACUUCUGACAUGGUGAACUCAGAUUUUGUAUAA